AUGUUUAUGUUUCCAGAACCGCCACCGAUCGACUAUUACAUAACCGAUGUAUCGGCAACGUACCUAUCGGAUGGGGUUUUUCAUCAUGGAAGACCAGCCCCCACGCAUAAAUAUGUGGCUAAACAGCUCAAACCGAUCAAAAGAACGCUGAGCGAUCCGAUAGCGCCUGUUGAAGAGCUCGACCCGCGUGUUUUAAACCAGUGUAUUAAAAAGGAGAAGGAAGGGUUCGUGGAUCCUCCUGGUCGAGGUGAUCGAACGGUCUUCGAAAUGCUGAGCUUGAUGGCUUUCUUUUCGGUUUUCCCGCGUUCACCGCAAUACGAAUUACAUGGAAUUCGCGGCAGGCGAUUGAAGAAUGUUGAAAAACUCAAUACGACCAUGGUGGAGUGCCCGGAAAAAGAAGAAAUAUCUAAGACUUCGACAUAUGAUCAUCCAUGUCAUUUUUUGAGGCAACCAUUUUGGUGGGGCGGUGAAGCCGAAAGAUGUAGGAAACUUUCGACAGGAACCAUAAACGAACCCGCGCAUGAAAAAUUGAACGAAUCGGAACAAAAAAGUAGAAAAAAUAUCGAGAAACUUCAGAUGGAACAUCCGAGAAAAUACAUACCGGGUGUAAGUUAUGGAAUGAUGAAAGACCCGGAAGAUGAAAGCGUCAAUGAAGUUCUGAAUAAAGCGGAUUCCUCAAAGGGCGAUGAAAAGGUGCCAAAAAACGGUCCAUCUAUCGAUGAAUGCAUCUGUCCCAUAAACAAGCAUCCAGUUGUGUCGGUUUCUCGCGAUGCGAAACGGAAGGAGGAUGCACAGCGGACAGAUAGCAGGCCAUCUGAUACCGAUACGCGAUGGCAGUCAAUCUACGAUAAAAUAGGGUUUCCAGGGACUGACGUAGAACGGGAAAAAGAACUACGAGAAUUAACCAAGCCAUUCUUGCACGACCUGCAUGCGUGGUACUCGGGAAACAAACCAACGAAGUUCAGAGAGCCCGUGAAGCACAAGGGGAAGAGGCCAAUACUUGAAAGACGUUUCUCUCAUUUGUAA